UAAUAUUAUAACCUCGUUGACAGUUGAUCACACACUUGAACAAUAUUUGGAAUAUAUAUAUAUAUUAUACAUGUUAUAAUAAGUACUGUUUCUCUGCAUACGGUGUUGAUUGGAGAAGUCGUUAAAACUUGAAGUCAAAAUUAAUAGAAAGAUCGAUCGAGUAGGUAUGGCGGGGGCGGGGGCGGGGGAUUCAUCAUCGUCGGGGAGAGGUGGUGGAGUUCCGCCAGGUUUUCGGUUUCACCCGACAGAUGAGGAGCUUCUGCACUUCUACUUGAAGAAGAAGGUUUGUUUCCACAAGUUCGACAUGGAGGUCAUCAGGGAAGUCGAUUUGAACAAGAUUGAGCCAUGGGACCUGCAAGAGAGGUGCAAGAUCGGAUCGACUCCGCAGAACGAGUGGUACUUUUUCAGUCACAAGGACAGAAAAUAUCCGACAGGUUCAAGGACAAACAGGGCAACGAGUGCUGGUUUCUGGAAAGCAACAGGAAGAGACAAAUGCAUAAGGAACAGCUUCAUGAACAAGAUUGGGAUGAGAAAAACACUUGUCUUCUACCGAGGUAGAGCUCCCCAUGGACACAAGACUGACUGGAUUAUGCACGAAUACAGGCUUGAAGACAACAUUAUUAUUAAUCAUCAUGAUCCUCAAGAUGACGAGGGAUGGGUUGUUUGUCGGGUAUUCAAGAAGAAGAAUCUAUUCAAAGUUAAUGGCAACAGCACUACUAGUACUGAAGGAGCUGCUGCAGUUAGUAAUAUGAAUGGCGGAAUGAUGAUGAUGAUGAUGAAUGAAGAUGAUCAUCAGCUCAACAACAUGAACAUGAACAUGAACAUGAACAUAAAUGAUGGUACUACCACUGCAUCCACUCAAUCUCGAUCAGGAGGAGGAGGAGGAGGAGGAGGAGGAGGAGGAGGAGGAGGAGGAGGAGGAGGAGGAGGAAAUACCACAGCUAAUAAUAAUCUGUAUAAUUUGCUUCAUCCACAUGGCCACCAACAAGCAUCAGCUGAUCAUCAUCAUCUAAACUAUAUUAAUUCUCAUCAUCAUCAUCAUCAUCAUAUCCCACCAGCUCUAAUUCAUCAUCAGCAGCAGCAACAUCAAUACACACAAGUUGAAGCCCACGAUUUCAUCUCCAACCAAAGCCACAUGAUUAACAGGCCGCCAUUAAUGUUAACUAAUCAUCACCAUGAUUUAUCUUCUUCUAAUUCACCUCUUCCAACUACUACUACUACUAGUACUGCUACUGCUACUGCUACAGAUAAUUAUGAUCAGCAGUCACCCCCUCACCAUAGUAUGCAAGUCAAACAGUUCAUGUCCACAGAUGAUGACGAUGACUCAUGUCAUCAACCAAUUAUAUCCUCUCAUGAUCAGCUCCACCUCACCGCCAGAUCAGAUGAUCAUCAGAGCUUGACUGAAUGGGACCCCCUUGUUACUUCCCAUCAUCACAACCCAAAUCCCAUCAUUAAUCCAUUAUCUCUACGCAGCGAGAUGGACUUUUGGUCUUACGGCAAGUAG